UUUAUGCUGUACAGCCUGUAUUAGCUCCAAAAGUAAAAACGACGACCGCUAUGUAAGGACAAGUGCGCCAGUCACGGUGCUGCACAGCCUCAUGACGGGGUGAUAAUGUGAAACGACAAUAAUGAGGAACGUUGUGAGUCUUUUAAGCAACAGUUGUCUGUCCUCUCUCACUGCUAUCUUUGUAGCUAUGAAACAUCCCGGCGUCAAGUGUGCACAUUGUUUACAAGAUAUUCUUGGUGCCCGAUUCCACUGCGCGAUCUGCGACUCCAUCGACAUUUGCUCCAAUUGCGAAUCUGCAGGACUUCCAGGCAACUUGGACUCCUCGGACGAGGGGCACAAAUCCUCGCAUAUUAUGAUAAAAAUUCCCUAUCCACUUGAAACAACAGAAGUGCAAACAGCCAGCCGCCGUGCCAUCCAUUUAUGGACAGGCAGGGACGCAGCACAUGUUUUGACUGCAUCCCGCUCCAAACCAGGCUCUGUAUACUCUUCAUAUGCUCAGACAGUCGUUGGCUCGAGACAUGCUCGAAGUGCGCUCGAUGGCGAGUCACUGAACCACCGCUUGUCCUGCAAGGGCUGCAACCAGACAAUAAUUGGUACACGGUAUCAAUGUGCUACAUGCCCCUCUUCACCCACUGCAUACAGCUUGCAGAAGUCAUAUACCAUCCAUGACCCAAUGCACUCUUUUUUCAAGAUACCGAGACCUGUUAAUGUACAACUCGAGUCACCGUCUGGUUUCCUUCCGAAAUUGUACAAGGUCCCAGCAGGUUCUGUUGGCGGCCUCGCACCCAACGCAGAUCCACAAGAGUAUCUCUAUCAUUUAGUUCACUCCACAGCGCUCUGCGAUCGCUGUAUGGAGCGUAUUCAAGGAGCAUGGUACCGUUGCGCGUAUUGCGCGAAAGACCUAUGUGGAGAAUGUGAAUCUCUUGACACUCAUGACGAGACGCACAUAUUUGUUGUAUUUAAGGCAUCUGUACGUUUUCCGCGAUUCGCAAACCUGGAAAACACCGAUGACAGCCCGCCUAUUAUCCCUUUCCCAGUGUACUGCUAG